GUGCCAAAUCUGUGUCGUCCGUGACAGGUCCAGCGGAAUGUUUUGUUGCCCGAUAUCGCGCUCGGCCUUGCUCUUCGUCUUCUAGCUUGAACGAAAACAACCCGAUUUUGAUCGGCAACAAAGCUGAACAAAAGCCAGAUCCUCAGCAAGACAGAGCUUGCCUAUUCCACUGUUUGUCUCCGUGGAGUUUUCAGCUGGAAACCGUCAGGAUGGAUAUGAUGCACCAGCACCAACAGCUGAUGGUGGCGCCUGCCAAGAGAGGACGCAAGCCCAAGGAGGGCAAACAGAAGAGGAAGAGACGCCCCAAGCCCACAGACCACAUCAAGAAGCCCAAGACAGGAUACUUCUACUACCUGGAGGCCUUCAGAAAGAACUUCGGCAAGAACGGGGAGCAGAUUCCAAGGGCAAGUGAAAUUACAAAGGCGUGCGGUGCCAAGUGGACCUCCAUGAAUGAGGCGGAGAAGAAGCCCUAUGCUGACUUAGCCCUGACUGACAGGGAGAGGUACCUGGCGCAGCGGGAGAUGUUCACAAAGAAGCGGGACCCAGACAAGCCCAAGAAGCCGGCCACGGCCUACUUCCUCUUCCUGGAGGACUUCCGGAAGAAGAUGAAGGGGGUGCCGCUGGAGCCGGGCAAGCGCCUGACUGUCAUCUGCGGCGAGGAGUGGAACAAGCUGACAGACCAGCAGAAGAAACCUUACCAGGACCAGGUGGCUAUCAAGUAUCAGCUGUACGAGGAAGCCAUGAAGGAAUGGAGACUCAAGGGAAUUCCCGAACCCCACAAAGCACCAACUCAGCCCUCCCAGUCCAGCAUGAGCCACAUGCAAGCAGCCAGCAUGCAGCAGCAGGCCCAGCACCAGCAGGUCCAGCAACAGGCAGCCGCCGUGCAGCAGCACAGACAGCAGCAGCAGCAGCAGUACGGCCAGGUGGGGCUGGGCAUGGCCAACAGCUACAACGGCAGCGCGCAGGCCGCCGCUGCCCACCAGCAGCUGCAGCUGCAGAGGAUGCACAUGCAGCAACAGCAGCAGCAGCAACAGCACCAUCACCCGACAGCGGCGCCCACACACCCUGAUGACGACGACGACGAUGAAUAUGAUGAUGAAGAUGAUGACGAUCUGGAAUAUGGAGAAGAUGAGUAAAGGCCGUCCUCCGCCAAGCCCAACUCUCUCCCGCCUCAACCCCUUACUUGUGUCAAUACAAGACUGUUUCAUAGUGCUCCAGUGACAAAAAAUAAAGCCAGGCCAUUUGUGUCUCAUACAGGCUGGAAACGCAUCACGUCCCUUAAGAGCAGGCAUGCCACUUUUCCUUGGAUCCGCUGAUUUCCUCGGUUUUUUUAUUUCUCAGGAAUGCCAUUACAAAUUGCAAAACACUGUACAAAAUCUUGUGUGGUUUGGAAUUUACUCGUUUUUUUUUUUUAAAUUCCUAGUUGCAAGCCUGUGAGAGAGGAAGGUCUAUUUUGUCACUGGCCAAGUAUGGCAAAAUUGCCAAAAGUGAAAAGGGCAGUGAAAUUUCCACUGCCUUCAACUAUUGUGGAAAUGGCCAAAAAAUCAAACAACAGCAAAACUUCAACCACCUUGAAAUCAUCCCUGAAAUGGAUGAAACGUUUUGGAGAAAAGUGCUUGAUAUGAGAAAGAUAUUUCCAACAUGCCUCUUCACCAAACAUACAUCAUAAUGGUAAGGAUUUCCUGAACCCAACUGACUAACAUGUGUUAGCUGAAACAUUAGACCAAGUUUUUGGCAUGUUUUGGCCUUAACAAAAUCUAGGCCACGGGCUUGGCCCGUUUUCCUCUGCGAUGUCAGCCGGCAGUGCUCAGUGAUUCCUGUCCACCAAUCACUAUCGAAAUCCAAGAUUCCACUACCAAUGUAGUCCAGUAAAAGAAACUGUGUAUAUGUGGAGCACAAAUGGCCUCGCCUAGCGUUGUACACUGUCGACGUUGUUUAUUUUUAGCCAUGUAAAGCAAAGCUGUAAGCGAUAUUCAAGCGUUUAGUAUCGUCAAAACUUUAAUUAUUAUUAUUAUUAUUAUUAUUUGUGAUUUUUUAAUUUUUUUAACUUGCCGUAGGCUGUUCUAGCUGUUUGAAGUGUGCUGUCAUAGGUGACCCCCUUUGAAGUGUGGUUCCAAAAAAAAUUGUUUAACGGAACACUCAUGUUUUUGUUUCGUCCGUGAGACUUUCUUCCAGCAGUUUUAGCUACAAGCACAGUGUCACAAUAGACAUUCAGCCAUGACAGUGGCAACAAUUAUCCCCCCGUGGAAGUUUAAACUGAAAUUUUAUGAGUGUUUUUCGAAAAAAAAGUGAGUUCUCAUAUUUUACUGCAUCACCGUGAUUGGUCCGAUAUUACACUGUCGAGAACAUUUUUUUAUUAUUUUUUAUUUAUAGGACCCGAUGCUGCACAUAUGUGUAUGUGACUUCUUUUUUUUUUAAGAACUCGUUCGAUAGAAGUACCAAAAAGUAAAAAUUCCAUGACCUUAAUUUGAAAUAAUUAAUGUGUUUUUAAAAGAGAAAAACGAAAAAUUAGAUUGUAAAGAGAAAAAUAAAACCUGCAGCACACAAGAUACAAACAAAAGCAAUAAAUUGUAGGCAAGAUAAACAUGGUGGUGCUGACGUAAAUGUGUGUUGUACUUAAAACCGAGAUGGCAGUAUUCUUGCUGUCACAUCAAGAACAAUUAUUUUCUUAGUUGUCGAAAUUCUUGGGGGAAAAAAAACAAAAAACCUGCUGCUGGCUGUGAAAAUGUUUGUUUAGAUCUGCAUGUUUAUGUUAAUCCAAACUUUCUUGUUUUAUCGGAAUGUGUGUCCGCAAUUGGGCUUAGUACAGACUGAGAGACGUUUUGGUAGGAAGAACUUUGGAGAUUUCCGUCACUUCAACAAUGCCAGUUUGUUUUUUUUCGUUGAAAAAAAAAUGGCGUUGAGGAGUUGUAUGUGCACGCUGUGAAUAAUCGCAUUGUCUGAUGACUAAAUGUUAACAGUCCAGUAGCUGCGUGGCAAUGUCUGGGCUCGCGAAUGUAAAAAAAAAGUAAGGAUACUAAAACUGAUACGUAGCGCUUGAGACAAAAGCUGAUAGUCGUAGUUGAAGGUUGAAAACAAACAUGAAAUGCUGGUCGGGUCUUUGUUAAAAUAAAACAAGCAUUGUAAUUCAGAUAUUAUGUAAUUGUGCAUCGAUGUCUUGUGUUUUGGAAAAGAAAAAUAUAACUUGUACAUUGUGUUCUAGCAGUUGUACCCGCAUUGAAAAGUGGUUGAAAAAAAAAUUAUCACCUUUGCCUCUGAAAACCACUGCAAUACCCCGUGCUACCUCUAAGGCCCAAAUUCUCACUUUUGAGAACAAACCAAAAAAAGCUCAACUCGGUUAAAAAAUUGGAAAAAAUUACAUCACAAAUGUUUGCUCUUGUCACACUUUUUCUCUGAACUGUUAUUUCUUUUUUACUAUUUUAUUUUUAUGGCCAAAAUUUGGGCCUUUGAAGGAAGACAAUCUGGAAAAUAAUACAACUUUCAGUGAUUCGUGAGUAGUAUAGGCUUCCUGUGGUACCAGAUGGCAAGUAUUGAGUGGUUGCUUUUCAUAUCUGUAGCCCUUCCCUUGGUUGAUUUGUCGAAAGUAGUUAGGUCCCUCGAUAUUAAAAUACAUAACAGUGUUUUCUAGACGACUAGGUAAUACGGCCAUGCCAUACCGUAUGUGUAGGUAUUCUUUGUAUACAAACAAAAAAAAUGUUGUGUUUUGGAGAUGACGACCGCUGUGAAAUCGUGCCGUGUGGAUGUGACUUCAGACGAUACAAUUGUAGAUAUAUAAACCUUUUUCGACCUUAUGUCCUGUAUGUAGGAUCUUUUUAAACCACGACAAAGUGUAUAAAUAUUUGUGAAGACACCCCAGAUUCUUGUAUACUUAAAGUGAGAUCUGUGACAAUCGUAAUUUAUGUGGAUAUCAUAUUUUUUAAUGUAAUAAUAACCCUGUAUUCUUCUGACUUCAAAAAAAAAAAAUCAGGCCAGUUUUUUGCUUUUUAAAUUAUGAAAUAAUUAACGAGGGAACCUUAUUCAGCCCCAAAAUUACCUUGAACAAGUGCCAUGUUUUUCUUAACGUGGACAGAAAAUCCGAAACCCCGAACACCCCCCCCCCCCCCCCCCUUUUAUGAAAUAUUUAUGUAAACAUUGAAAGCAAUUAUGUAACUUGCCAAGACCGGUGACUGUUUUUUGUAUUCACAGAUUGGCGCCUGUUUAAAGUUUUAUAUAUACCACUGACUUGCUAUCAAAAGACGAGAAAACUAAUACCCCGAAGUAGGCGUGAUUUUGUCCUUUUUCAGCAAUGAAUAUUUGAUUGUUUCUUUCCCUUCUUUUUAAGUGGUCAUCAAAAAUAACAAAAUGUUAAAUUAAAAGGAAUAAAUAAUUGACAAUCUUAAUCAGGUAUUAACACUGCCAAAAAAAAGAAGAAAAAAAUAAAUACCGCAUAAAGACCCAAAAGUUAAUAUUUUUUAUUAAAAAGUAACUUAAGCAAGCUGUUGUAGAGUAAAGAGCCUUUUUUUGUCAGAUACUAGCAAUCAAUAUAUUGGGCAUUUCUGAUUGAUUGGUCAAAUAGUUUUUUUGUUUGUUUUUUAGGAAAAAAUAAGGGCCAAUCUUGACACCAUUGUUAGGCUUUAGAUAUUUAUGCUGCGUAGCUUUUAGGCGACCAAGAAGAACUGUAUAUUUUUAAUUGAUCGUUGCGUGGAAUGAUGCCCGUUCUUUGAAUCAUGUCAUAUCGAGAAUUCGAUCCAAUUUUAUGAUAAUUAGCUUUGUGUCUUAGAGAAAGUCGCCGUGAAUUAUAGAAUGAAAUCUCUAUCUCCCAUGCUAAUUGGGAAACAAAAUAAUGAGGUUAUGCUUCUGGAAACAAAUUGAGGUUGUAGUAUCAUAAUUUUGUAAUUUACAUUUGAAACAAUAGAAUGGAAAUGAUUCUGUGUUCUUGAUUCUUCAUCAGAACCGUGUCGUUACCCACACAUUGCAUGAACACUCACUCUUGUUUUACUAUACUCCCGAGGACAAUGCUUUGUGUUUCCCUUUGUCCCUGUAAUAUAACACUCUCCCAUUGACUAAGCACACAAACCUUCUACAGAGGACGGUUUUGAACAAAAGACCCAACUCCCGAGGACUGAAAGGAUCUGUUGUUCUCCCUUUGUGUGUCGGUCCUUGGGGGUUAUGUAGAACACGUACAACCUAAUCACAUACGACUUGUCUUCUAAAGUUGCCAUUGUAAACUGUUACAUGACAGGAUUUUGUUUGAAAUUAUAAAAAAGAAAUGGAAAACAUCAUUGAGCCUUGUAUUUCAUGAACUUGACACAGGUUUUUCUCACGAAGUUAAAUUUCAAUCCCGAUCAAAGUGGGUCAGAAAAUUGUCUAGGAAAUGGCAAAUGUAAUUAUACAUUGUAAUAACAAGCAUCUCAUUUAGUGGGUACAGUCUUGUGACGUCAAAAUUUGGAUAUCGGUGAUUAUUUAAUUAAUACAAAUCUCUGUAUUUGGAACAAUGAGAGGACGAUCCUUGCCAAUUUUGUUUUGUUUUGUAGAUACAGAGAGAUCUCUUGUGAAUUGUCUCAUGCGCCAUUACUUCGAGUGUUUUACCAAAGUGUUUGUAUUUCUCGAGCUUUCUAGUCAUAUUUUUGUUAUCACUGUACAUUUACUGCAAUUCUUGUUGCUUGAAAUCGAAAAAAAAGUAUGUUUUUUUUUUAUUUUGUAGAAUUGUGAGUAUUUGUCUGACUUGUUAUUAGUGUUAAAAAGCAACUCAAAAUUGAAGACAAAAAAAACUAUCAAAACAAACUGAGAAAAAAAGAGAAUUUUGGAGAUAUCACCAGUGUCAUGAUUCUUUGUACAUCUCCGAUAGGGAGGUCAUUAAAAUACGCAAGAAAUUGGUCCCCCAA